UAAAAUGUGUAAAAUUGUGCAAAAUAUUUAAAAGAACUUAAAAAGCUGGCAACUCAAAAUAUAAACUUGUUUUCAACGCAUUUAGCAAGCCUGCCUGCCUGCCUGCUGCUUUUUUAAAAGGACACUCGACUCUUUGCCUAUUUUCCCUUUUAUUGUCGUCGUCCUCAUCGUCUCCAUCAUCAUCAUCGACUUGAACAUCAACAACGUCUGGCUUUGUUAACGUCUUUGUUUUGUUUCAUUUUUAUUUGUUGCUAGCAGCUUGCAACAUUUAAUGCCACAAGAUGCAUCUGCCGUUAACACAUUUUUGGAUAACUUUGACAUUUACGUUGCUUGCGGUCAUUCUUAUGACUUCGGCACAAUCAUUGUCUGCAGUACAAAAGUUUCGUGUGACGCCACAUGAUUUACAGAUUCUGGAGGGUACCGAUACAUUGAUGCGCUGUGAAGUGGCCAAUCGUGCUGGCCAAGUACAAUGGACUAAGGAUGGCUUCGCCUUGGGUUUUUCAGCGGUCAUUCAUGGUUUUCCACGCUAUUCUGUGCUGGUGGAUGCCGUAAAUGGUAUUUACAAUUUGCAAAUUAAAAACGCUUCCCUAGAAGAUGAUGCCGAGUAUCAGUGUCAAGUUGGCCCAGCAGCUGGCAAUCCCGCCAUCCGAGCCAAUGCCAAACUGAGCAUAGUAGCAGCACCCAGUUCGAUAGCUAUUGAUGGUUAUGCACCCAAUGCCAAAGUUGAGGUUGUGGAGAAACAGAACCUUACACUCAAAUGCAUUGCUGAGAAUGCUAACCCAGCGGCGAAUCUAAUAUGGAAUAGCAACAAUGUACCUUUGAUGGGUGUCAAACCUCAUGUUGAGAUAACUGAAAGUGCCGCUAAGCGUUACACCACAAUAUCAACCAUAACCAUACAGCCUAGAGCUGAUGAUGAUUUUAAAGAUUUUGCCUGCGAGGCAAAACACAAAGCUUUGCCACCUGAUGUGCCCAUGCGCUCAUCCAUACAGUUAUCUGUUUUAUAUCCUCCUGGGCCGCCAUUCUUUGAGGGCUAUACCCAGGGUGAAACAUUAAGGAGAGGUCAAAAUGUUAAAAUAGCUUGUCGCAGUCGUGGUGGAAAUCCUCCCGCUCAAUUAGUUUGGUAUAAAAAUGGUGAACCUAUAAGCUCCCCUCAGAGGACAUCGGGUCGUUUAUCGGAGAAUGUGUAUAGUUUUGUCGCAGAAGCCUCAGAUAAUAGUGCCAAUUUAGUGUGUGAAGCCAAAAAUAUUUUAUCAAAUACUGCCUUUAAAGCUGAACUGAACUUGACUGUUUUGUUUGCCCCCAAAGAAGUUACCAUUAGUGGCGCCACAGAAGCCAAAGUGGGAGAUUUUGUACAAUUGAGUUGUGUGACAGCGCCCUCCAAUCCACCAGCCCGCAUUAGUUGGUCUUUGAAUGGACGUCCGGUUAGCAAUUCAACAUACAAGACGCAAAAAAGCGUUGAAGGUGGUUGGCUUAGUGCUUCGAAUGUCUCCAUCAACAUCGAUGCCAACUCGCGUACAUUUGUGGCUGUAUGUCAUGCUCUCAACGUUGAACUGACGCAGAAUGUUGUGGGCUCUCACAGUGUUAAUGUUUUGUAUCCACCCUCACCACCCUUGUUGACGGGGUACAAUGAUGGUGAUGUCAUCACUUCUGGUUCUGUUAAGAAAUUACAAUGUGCUUCAUCGGGUGGCAAUCCACCACCCUCGUUGAUUUGGUAUAAAAACGAUAAAAGACUCAAUACCCAAAGCAAAGUCCAAGAUUCGAAAAUCUCUUCGGAGUUGACCAUAUUGGUGAAUUCCUCUGAUAAUAAUGCCAUCUAUAAGUGUGAAAUUCAAAGUCCUGCUAUUGAAAUUCCACUAUUUUCCACCAAAACAUUAAGUGUUCAUUUUCCCCCGGAGACAGUUAAAAUUUCCGUAGAACCCAAAAAUUUAGUGCCCGGCAUUAGAGCAAAAUUAAUAUGUGAUUCCAGUUCAAGUAAUCCUCCAGCUAAGGUGUCCUGGUGGAAGGAUGGUAUACCCGUGGAAGGUGUAAAUCUCUCAACAAAGCCAGGUUUAUGGGGUGGUUCAGUAUCAACUCUAGAAGUGUAUGUAAAUAUAACACAAGAUUUGGAUGGCAUCAUUUAUACAUGUCAAUCGAUAAAUGAGGUUUUGCAACGAAGCGUUCAUGAAACUGUCAGUUUGGAUAUAUUAUAUCCUCCCAAAUUUGACAAUCCUCAAAUGUCCACUUAUAUGGGUGUGGAGGGAGAGCCUUUGCGUAUUGAACUCCAUGCUAGCGGUAAUCCCAUGUCAAUGUCGUACACUUGGACCAAAGACGGUUUGCCCAUAAUGCAUAAUGGACAGGGUCAGCGUAUAAUUUCAGAUGGUUCUACUCUCAACAUCAAUAAACUAUCACGCAAUGAUGCCGGCAGUUAUAUUUGUGAAGCCAUGAAUUCUCAGGGUACUGCCAUUAUGGAAAUACAAAUAGUAGUCGAAUAUCCACCUUCAAUCGAGUCGGUAACUGAAAAUUCCAGUUUCGCUGAAGGAGAGGAUGCUGUUUUGGCUUGUAAUAUUUUAGCAAGACCUUUAGCAGCCGAGCAUGUUACCUGGAUAAGAGCCGGUUAUGACAUGUCACACAGGACAAGCAUUACCUAUGACAAUGGCACCUCAUAUCUACACAUCAGCAAUGUCCAACGUUCAGACAUCGGAAACUUUACGUGUGUUGUUGAUAAUCAGAGAGGAUCUCCAGCUCAAAGAGAUGUUUUGUUGGUGGUGCAAUCUGCGCCUGAGUUGGAUCAUUCGCCUGCUUUUACACGAUUUGCUUCUCGUAUGGGUGACAGAGGACGCAUAGUAUGUCGUGCUGUGGCAGCACCACAGCCCAGUUUUGUCUGGCGUCGUAAUGGUAAGGACUUGAAGAUGCGUCGCAGUAAAUUCAAGGCUUUAGAUCGUAAAUUAAAUGCUCUUACCUAUGAGUCAUCGCUGAUCAUUGAGAGCACCUCGGCCGAUGAUUAUGGUCAGUAUGAAUGUGUGGCCCGCAACACGCAUGGCCAGGCUAGUUCUACGCUAGAGUUUUCCAAACCCAUGCGACCCGAUACUCCUUUGGAUGUACAAGUGAACAAUGUAACAGAUAAUGGGGUCGAUUUGUCAUGGACUCCAGGUUUUGAUGGCGGUUUACCAGUCUACUAUCGUUUGAGGUUUAAAAUAUUCAAUGAAGACAAAUACAAAUAUGUCGAUGCCAAACCCGGAAGUGUAAAUAUAACAAUUGAUGGUUUAAAGGCUGGCAGUACGUAUGUGUUUUCAGUGAUGGCUGCCAAUGAAGCUGGUGGUAGUAAAUUUUUGCCAGACAUAAAACUAACACUGACUAAAGGAUCACAACCUUAUUCGGCGGAACUAAAUGAGAAAGAUGAAAUGCCCAAUAUGAUGAUUAUUGGCAUUACUUCGGCUGCCAUGGUCUUAUUGAUCUUAAAUGCCGCUUUGGUGGCCUGGUUUGUAAUACGACGACAGAAUAAGAAUUCAACAGAAACCGAAGCACCCAAUGAUGACGCCUAUUCCAAAGAAGAUAACCAAUCGGUGUAUAAGUUGCCAAUUUCUGCUUUGCAGGCCGAUGUCCAAAAACAAGCUACUUCCACGUAUUUGGUGGAAAAUGUAGACAUCAUUCAAUCGACUGCAUAUCCGCCAAAGUACCAGGAGAGUUCAAUGUGCAGUCCGCCUUAUAUGUGUAAUCCAGACUUUACACGCACUCUGCCCAAUCCCAAGCGUCACAGCAAUCGCAGUGGCAUGCCAGAGCCCACACGUUCCAAAGAUGAUCACAUGCUCAUGUCCAAUGGCAUGUACAUACCCUCGCCAUCGCCCGCCUCUUCGCUGGUCAUCAAGGGCAGCUAUAUCUCCUCACCGUCACCGGCUCCGCCACCAGAUGGAUCGUAUUUUAACAUGAGCGACAAGUACAUCUCGUAUCCACCUGUGGCCUACUGAAGCUGAUUUAACCUGCAGCCGCAGUAGAGUCAUUACCCAUGGCCCGCAUCUCUCAAUACCAAUAAGGAAUCUCUUAGAGCUUCUCUCAAGUACUAGACUGACUGGUGAAUAUUAUUAACACACACAACACAAACAACUUUAACCUAAAAGCAACAAUGAAAAGAAAAAUUAUGAAUUUCCUCAUCUCUCUCUCACUCUCUCAAAUAAAAUAAUAAUAAUGAUAAACGAAGACGAAAGACGAAACGAAUGUAAAAAUCAAAACACAAAAACAACAAAAGAAUCGAAUCAAUUAAAUAUGUACAAACGAUACGAAUUAAAUUCAACAGACGGACGGACCCGUCUUUGAAACCCGUUUUAUAUACAAAACAAACAACAACACAAACGAAUAAAACAAAAACAAAAAAAAAAA